AUGGGAUGGUCAACUAGAGGUACUGGACGUAAUUAUGACAGCCUCACUGGUUCAGCUGCACUCAUUGGAUUAUUUACCCAAAAAGUUCUUUCUUAUACUUCGCUAAAUCGCAAAUGUCGAAUGUGUGAUCGUGGACAUGACCCCGAAGAUCAUGAUUGCAGACGCAAUUUCGAGGGUAGUGCAAAAGCUAUGGAACCCAAAGCCGCUGCACAACUAGCUACAGACAAUAAAAUUUUUCAGGCAUGUUAUGUUGAAUUGGGUAUCGUAAUUAGUGACAAUGAUAGUAGCUCCAUUUCAGCUAUGCGUGCAGCUAGUUGUCAUGAAAUUAUAAAACAUGCUGAUAAAAACCAUACAAGUAAAGGUGUGACAAAUGAACUCUAUAAAUUAAAAAAAAAUCACAAAGAACUCACUGGAGUUGCAAUAAAACAUAUUCAACGAUGUUUUGCAUACUGUAUGGCUCAGAAUGUAGGCGAUGCUGCGGGAAUGGCUAAGGCUAUAAAAAACAUACCAUAUCAUUGUUUCAAUCAACAUGCUAAUUGCGGAACUUGGUGCGGUUAUCAUAAAAAUCCGGAAACUUACAAACAUUCCUCUAUAGGCGAAGGUUUUCAUAAUGAAAAUCUGUUUGAAGCAUUGAAAUGUUUGUUUGAUGUUCUUGCGAGUAAAACUGAGAGGUUUGUAGCCGGAGUUUCUAGUAAUGCCAACGAAAGCUUAAAUUCAAUUAUAGCUAGCAAAGCACCGAAGUCCCGCUUUUAUGGGACGUCAACGUCGGGCGAUUAUAGACUAGCUUGUGCAAUUAAUAAAAAAAAUGAUGGAGAAGAGUACGUAGCCCAAUUAGCACAAAAAUUAUCUUUAUCCCCCGGAAAACAUACUACAAAAUACGGAAAUACAAUAGCCUCAAAUGCUCGCAAAAGAUAUUUAAGAUCAUCAACUCGAGAUUUUAAAAAAAGGCGCAUUUUACUUAAAAAAAUGAAGACUCAGUUAUGA